AUGCUACAGCGUAGCGAUCAAGCUGCAUCGGCGGCUCUGUUCUGUCCCCAGAACAAGCCGCCACGGGCGGCCUAUUUGGACAAACUCCGGCGUUAUCUCUGUGGUAAUCCGACAUUGAAGCCUUUCGUAGAAGCCAUCUUAGAUUUAUCAAGCACAUGGGAGCUUUAUGCCAGGACAAACGCAGGCAUCGCUGUGAUGCAACAAGGACCGCGAUACGUGAAAUACCUGCGCAACUGGAUCAUCGACAACACUCCCACUCCCCUAACGGAGAUAAUAUCCGGCAUCAUAACCCUUCCUAUCCUCACCAUCAUCCAGAUCGUUCAAUAUUUCCAAUAUCUCGACUUCCGAGGGAUCAGUCAUGCCCAGUUCCUGGACGAAAUUCGGGUAGGAGGAGCGCAAGGCUAUUGCGGAGGCUUAUUGCCUGCCAUGGCCAUUGCUGCCUCCCGUGACGAGCAGGAGCUUGUUGAAAACGCAGUCGUAUCCUUGCGUAUCGCGCUUGGUAUUGGAGCAUACGGUGAGCUUGGGGAUGACGAGAGCAAACCCGGGCCGACGACAAUCGUUCUUCGCAUAAAAUAUCCUGGGCAAGCAGAUGAGAUAGUGGCCAAGUUUCCAGGGUCAUAUAUUUCAUCCGUAACAGAUCCACUGUCAAUCAGUAUUGUGGGACCAGUGCAACUGCUCGAGGAACUGAAAGCGUAUGCCGAAUCAGAAGGGCUGAUUGUCACGGCACUGCAUCUCCGAGGGAAAGUACACAAUCCUGAAAACCGUGACCUGUGCAAGGAAUUUUGCAACUUGUGCGAUCAGACUCCCGCAUUGCAGCUUCCAAGCUCUGCAGACCUCAAGGUGCCCGUGAGGUCCAACAAAACGGGCGAGCUAUUGUCUGGAGUCUCUCUGACGCAUGAAGUGGUCGACACCACUCUCGUGUCGCGGUGUGAGUGGUAUAACCUUCUGAUCGCCAUGUCCCAUGAGCUUCACCAAACGGGAGAUUCGGCACAUACAUUUGCUAUGUUUGGUACGGGCCGAAAGAACUGUGUUCCUCUCACGCCAUUCGAAGGAAAACAGUUGAAGAUAACCAAGCUGGACGUGAUGACCUAUGUGGACACGCUGAGAAUCCCUGGAGAAGGUCCAAGUCCGGACUCAUUUCCUAGCGACGCCAUUGCCGUAGUGGGUGCUGCCUGUCGUCUGCCGGGAGCAAAGUCGAUAGAGGAACUCUGGGACCUGAUAAGCGCUGGCAGCUCAAGAGUAGAAGAGUUGCCAUUAGACAGAUUGGACCCUAACCUCGUUCAUCGCGCUGCUCAAGAUGGCAAAGUUGGGACCAAACAUAAGUGGUACGGCAACUUCGUAGACGGCGUAGACGAGUUCGACAAUACAUUUUUCGGUAUCAGCCCUCGCGAGUCCACUUACAUGGAUCCACAGCAGCGUCUACUGCUAGAGACAGCUUAUGAAGCAUUGGAUUCCAGUGGCUACCUACGCUUCCACCGCCGGGAGGAUUUCGACAACGUUGGCUGCUUCAUUGGUUCCACUUACACCGAGUAUCUGGAAAAUACCACUGCAUAUAGUCCGACCGCCUAUACGGCGACAGGCACUAUUCGAGCAUUCCAGAGUGGGAAGAUCAGCUACUACUUUGGCUGGAGUGGUCCUUCUGAAAUAGUUGAUACGGCAUGUUCAUCCUCACUCGUAGCCGUGCAUAGAGCUUGUAGGGCGAUUCAGGCCGGAGAAUGCCCAAUGGCCUUGGCAGGGGGGGUCAACAUUGUCACAGGAAUUCACAAUUACCUUGACCUGGGAAAAGCAGGCUUUCUCAGCCCCAGUGGCCAGUGCAAGCCAUUUGAUGCGGCUGCCGAUGGGUACUGCCGCGCGGAUGGUGUUGGACUGGUAUUUCUCAAGUCUCUGAGUCAGGCCGUCACUGAUGGGGACAAUGUGCUUGGAGUGAUUCCAGGAGUGGCAACCAACCAUGGCGGUUUAUCGUCAUCCAUUACCGUUCCAUACUCCCGUGCUCAGACCGCCUUAUUCGAAACCGUCCUUAACCGAGCCGGCAUCAAGGCCAAUCAGGUCUCUUAUGUCGAAGCACAUGGAACGGGUACCCAGGUUGGUGAUCCGAUCGAGAUAGCCAGUGUUCGCGAGGUACUUGGAGGACCACAGAGAGACAAUUAUUUGCAUAUCGGUUCUCUCAAGGCAAAUAUAGGCCACAGUGAGACCGCGGCGGGAGUGGGCAGCCUACUUAAGGUCCUUGCGAUGAUCCAGCAUGGGCAGAUUCCUCCGCUGGCAGGAUUUCAAUCUCUGAAUCCGAAAAUCCUUGCGCUUGAGCCAGAUCACCUACGCAUCGACUCCCAAGUCAUUCCUUGGGACGCCCCGUUCCGAGCCGCUUUAGUGAACAGUUACGGGGCUGCAGGCAGCAACUCAGCGCUCAUAUGCUGCGAAGCGCCUCGGAGAAUCAACGCACCAAGUCGUGAUUCGGAUUUAGAUUAUCCGAUUUUCCUCAGUGCAGCAACAGUGGAGGAUCUCAAGUCAUACGCGGCGAAACUGGCAGCGUAUAUUCGAGAGGUACAGAAUGGAAGAGAACUGAGCAUUGGAAACCUGGCAUUUACCUUGCACGAACGUCGAAAGCAUCAUAGCGUACGCUGGAUUGGUACAGAACGCGAGCUCAGUCGUUUGAGUCAUACCUUAGAAACCGACUUGGUAAAGAUCUUUGAGAUGCCUUCCGCCACCAAACCGGUUGUGCUGGUGUUCUCGGGCCAGAGUAAACGAAACAUUCAGCUCGAUCAGUCCUGGUACCGCGGAUUUCCACGCCUCCGGUUUUAUCUGGAUCGGUGUAAUGAGAUUCUCAGCCGUUUUGGUCAUCCUCCAAUCAUUCCUGUUGUGUUUCAAUCCGAGGCUGUAUCAGAUAUUGUCGCACUACAAUGUGGCACAUUUGCCGUGCAAUACGCGUGCGCAAAAUGCUGGAUGGAGGCUGGUUUGAAAAUCCAAGCCGUCGUUGGCCACAGCUUUGGGGAAUUAACAGCCAUGGCCGUUUCGGGCAUUCUGUCCCUGGAAGAUGCUCUAGAAUUGAUCGCUUCACGGGCUUCCUUGAUGAAACGCAAGUGGGGUUCGGAACGUGGAACGAUGCUUGCUAUUCACUCCACACGUGAGGUGACACGUGAGAUCACUGCAAUCGUGAACAUUGGCGGGGUUGCGACAGGACUUGAAAUCGCUUGUUUCAAUGGUCCGAGGAGCCAAGUGGUGGUCGGGUCUCAAUCGGACAUCGAGAGAACUGAAGAGAUGAUGAAUGAAGACCCAGGAUUCCGUGGUAUCCAGCAUCAGCGCGUCAACGUGAGUCACGGGUUCCAUUCAGUCUUCACUGAAUCAAUUCUUGAAGACCUUGACAUGGUGUCGAAGACCUUAACCUUCCAAAAACCCACGGUGCCGCUGGAAGCAUGUACCCAGCAUCCUGUGGACACUAUCACAUCCGAUCGAGUUGUCCAGCACACCAGAACACCGGUGUAUUUCAGUGACGCGGUCGCCAGGCUCGAGCAACGUCUUGGACCCUGCGUUUGGCUUGAGGCAGGCAUAGACUCUCCGGUUAUCUCAAUGACAAAGAAAGCCGUCCAAGAUCCAUCUGGGCACGUGUUUUUGGCCAUGAAGACGACAGAAAACAAGAACACGAUAUCGACGGCAACCACAACACUUUGGAGAGAGGGGAUAUCUACAUCGUUCUGGGGAUUCCUUUCAGCCGAGGAGUCAGGUCUCAAGCCAAUUUGGCUUCCACCUUACCAAUUCCGACGGGGUAAACACUGGCUCAAAUACCUCGAUCCGAUUAUUGAGGAACGGAAAGCACUCCAGAAGCACGUGACAAACGGGGACGUGCCCAAACAGGUCGUCCCUACCAAGUUGGUUACUCCUCGAAGGAGAGCUUCGAACUCAUGGGCCUCGUUGAAUUUCACCAUCCACACGGAAUCCAAUCGAUUUACGGAAGCAGUGUCUGCCCAUGCGGUACGGGGCCAGCCACUCUGUCCGGCCUCGAUGUAUAUGGAGUGUGUUGUAAUGGCCUCACAAAUGAUCGAGCCCGGGAUCUCGGUGAGAGCAUUCAAGUUUCAGAACCUUUCGUUCCAGGCGGCUCUCGGAAUCAACUACGACAGGGAUGUCUCGUUAGCCAUGGAAGGCGCUGGAGAAUACCUGACUUGGAAUUUCUCGGCUCACAGUGCUCUCAAACAUGAUCCCAAAGCACGUUUGACUACCCACUCAAAGGGACGAUUCAGUGUUACCUCCCGGGUGGAUUUCCAGCUGUACGAACGGGUUAUCGCUGACCGGAUCCAGGCUCUGAUCACGGAUCCCAGGGCCGAGAAAUUGAUGGCCGGCCGAGCUUAUACGCUCUUCUCGCGAGUCGUGAACUAUGCGAAGACGUUACGGGGAAUUUCGCAGAUCUCGAUCCUAGGAAAUCACGCUGUGGCCGAAAUCCGUCGCCCUAGCGCGUCUGUCAGCUCUACAGAAAGUACAGCGGCAAAAAUAUGCGAUACUGUCACGCUGGACACGUUCAUCCAGGUCGUUGGUCUGCUUAUCAAUAGCAGCGACAGUUGCCGCGAAGGUGAAGUGUUCAUUGCAACCAGUAUUGAUAGUAUCGUGAUGCAGGAUUGCGAUUUUUCAACCUGCGAUUCUUGGACGGUAUAUGCCAUGUCCUCAUCACGGAAUGACUCACAGGUCGCGGGCGACAUGUUCGUUUUCACCAAAGCCGGGAAGCUCAUCAUGACUGGUUCCGGUGUACAGUUUACGAUAUACCCAAUCAACAAGCUUGAGAAAUUGCUCCGAGGCAUGAACAUCAAUUCUGCCUCUAAACCCACGAAACAGAGAGUCUUUCCAGCAGCGCAGUCUUCAGCGGAAGACCCUGAUGCGGAAGCCAAGGAAACCAGUACCAAAGCAAAGGUCGAUCGCGAAGACUACGAUGAGCCGACGCUCGUCGCAACGGAAGCUUUAUCAACAACGUCUAUUAGGCCCAUGAAACCCUGGGAAGAUGGUAUCCUUGGGAGGCUCGGCUUGGAUUCGUUGGCAGGCGUUAAGCUUGUGAAAAGGCUCCAAUCUCAACUCGGAAAGGACAUCCCGGAUGAAACUCUCCCAGCGGUGGCAGCUAUCUACGAGCAGGUCGCUUGGCCGGACUCGAUCGAUGGCGAGUCUCUCCAUGCGGAUGAGUCGGACUUAACGAAUGGCUCCACGAAGCCUUCCCCCGACGGUAAAAGGGCGGUCGACCUGGGGCGCACAAUGAGAAAUAGACAGAGUAUCUUGGAAUUGAUUUGCGAGAACUCUGGCGAGUCUCUUAGUGGUAUCGAGGAUGGUGUAAGCCUCGAAGAAAUCGGUAUCGAUUCUCUUUCUGUGGUUGAACUCAAGGAGGCAUUGGAAGACUCGUUUGGGAAACAGUUCGCAGAAGAUCGUCUGCACCUCCAAUCCACAGUGAAGGAGAUUUUAGACUACGUAUCAUGA